CUCGGUGCAAAAACCCAACAGACGAAGAGAAAGUCGCGCAGUUAAAAAAAACCGUUUGUUUCGCUUCGUCCUCGACGUGUCAUCUCGUUUGACAGCUUCCUGUUGUUUAGCUAGCACAGCAGCGAGCUUAGCCACGGACGGCGUUAGCAGCUCUCUAAGGUUGGAAAUGUCUUCUUGUUCCUCCUCGUGAUAUCCAGGCUGCGACGCGGACAUGAAACCAGUGGCAUCAGUUCACUGGUCUCGUUCCUGAGUGGUCUCUGUUUUGAGGGGUUUUCGGCUGUAAACUCACCAAGUGAAACCACCGGCUGCUGUGAUGUCAGAGCCGAAGCCCCCGACUCCAACCCCUGGAGACACGUACAAGGGUUGGCUCUUCAAAUGGACUAACUACAUAAAAGGUUAUCAGAGACGCUGGUUUGUUUUGAGCAAUGGACUGCUGUCGUAUUAUAGGACCCAGGCAGAGAUGGGCCACACAUGCAGAGGCACCAUUAACUUGGCCACAGCCAAUAUUACUGUGGAGGACUCGUGCAAUUUUGUCAUUUCCAACGGCGGAGCGCAAACCUACCACCUGAAGGCCAGCUCUGAGGUGGAGCGGCAGCGAUGGAUCACGGCGCUGGAGCUGGCCAAAGCAAAGGCCGUCCGUAUGCAGGCCGAAUCUGACGACUCCGGGGACGAUUGUCCCACAGCUCCACCCAGCGCAGGACAGGGUGGCGGCUGCCGUAACUCAGAAAUCCAGUCCACACUGCGAACAAUGGGCAGCAAGGUGGAGGACCUCACCACCUGCAACGAUCUCAUUGUCAAGCAUGGGUCUGCCCUUCAAAGGUCUUUGUCAGAACUGGAGGGGAUUCGUGUUGGAGGCGACAUGGGGGAAAAGAUCAGACAAGUCACAGAGAGGGCCACACUGUUCCGAAUCACCUCUAAUGCCAUGAUUAAUGCGUGUCGAGACUUCCUCUCUCUGGCCCAGAACCACAGCAAGCGCUGGCAAAAGGCCUUGACGACCGAAAGAGACCAGAGGAUACGGCUGGAGGAGACUCUGGAGCAACUGGCCAAACAGCACAACCAUUUGGAACGAGCUUUCAGAGGAGCUACGGUUCUCCCCUCUUCAUUCAGCAAUCCCGCCUUAGGUAACAAAGGCGGUGUUUCAGGAAAGGGAGAUGCCAGUGACGAGGAUGACGACAAUGAGUUCUUUGAUGCUAUGGAAGAUCCUGCAGAGUUUAUUACUGUCCCUGCCGACCCCAAGUAUCACAGGAGAUCUAACAGUAAUCUUAGUGGGUUCAGCAGUGAGACCGGGAUUGACGAUCAGUCUGUAAAUUUUGAUGAACUGUCUAUGGCAUCUAAUCCGGAGUCUCCCCAGACUCUGGAGCUAGAACCAGUUCGACAAAGACGGACUCAUAUUCCUGACAAGCCCAACUAUUACCUCAAUCUGUGGAGCAUCAUGAAGAAUUGCAUUGGAAAGGAGCUCUCAAAGAUACCAAUGCCUGUAAAUUUCAACGAGCCCCUCUCCAUGCUGCAACGUCUGUCCGAAGACCUGGAGUACUACGAGCUGCUGGACAAGGGUGCUAAAUGUCAGAGUUCUCUAGAGCAGAUGUGCUACGUCGCCGCUUUCACAGUCUCCUCCUACUCCACGACUGUCCACCGCACAGGGAAACCCUUCAAUCCACUGCUGGGAGAAACUUUUGAGCUCGAUCGACUCAGAGAGUGCGGCUACCGCUCCCUAUGUGAACAGGUGAGUCACCACCCACCUGCUGCAGCUCAUCAUGCCCUCUCUGAAAAGGGCUGGACACUCAGACAGGAAAUAAGUCUGGCCAGCAAGUUUAGAGGAAAAUAUCUCUCGAUCAUGCCCCUGGGUUCUAUCCAGUGUUUGUUUGAUAAGAGCAACAAUCACUACUCUUGGAAAAAAGUAACUACAACAGUCCACAACAUUAUUGUGGGGAAACUGUGGAUCGAUCAGUCAGGGGAGAUAGAUGUCGUGAACCACAAGACAGGAGAUCGCUGCCACCUCAAGUUUGCUCCCUACAGUUACUUCUCCAGAGAUGUACCAAGAAAGGUAACCGGAGUAGUAACGGAUAAGGAUGGAAAGGCCCACUACGUGCUCUCAGGAACAUGGGACGAGAAGAUGGAGUUUUCCCGGGUAAUGCAGAGCAGUAAAGGGGAGAACGGCACAGAGGGCAAACAGAGGACUGUGUAUCAGACCCUCAAAGCCAAAGAAAUCUGGAAAAAGAACCCUUUACCAGAGGGAGCGGAGAGCAUGUACUUCUUCUCCACACUGGCCUUGACUCUCAAUGAACUUGAGGAGGGAGUGGCGCCAACAGACAGUCGACGACGCCCUGACCAGCGCUUAAUGGAGGACGGCCGCUGGGACGAGGCUAACGCGGAGAAACAGAGGCUAGAAGAAAAGCAGCGCACGGUCCGUAGAGAACGGGAGAGGGAAGCUGUUAAAGCCGUCUGCUCACCUGAGGAAGCUGUCAAUGAGGAUUCAAUCAAUGACUCACCCUUGAAAACUGAUGCACAGGAGACUGGCACAGAAGCAAGUGAGGUUUCUGAUGAAACUGACACAGAGGACUCUCCCCCUCUUACACCUGUUGCAUCCCCUCAUGGACCAUCACUCCUCCCCUUUUUAAGUGCCCAUCAAGACAACCACCAAGCACUGUGGUUUGAGAAGAUCGAUGACCCUGUAUCCGGAGAGACCUUGCACAUCUACAAGGGGGGUUACUGGGAGGCGAAGGAGCAAGGCGGUUGGGACAUUUGCCCCGACAUCUUCUAAUCGCCGCAGAAUUGGCCCGUUUUCCCUCAGCGGUGUUCAAAUGAGAAGGUGGUAAGAAGAGACCUACCUGACAUCGGCUGAAAGUGUGGAAUCGAGUCUGACGUCGAACUUUCUUUAAUGUCUGUAGCUUCAACCGAUCACCUCAAUGUAGACACACUGCACAUUGAGCUUUGUAGUAACAUUGCAUCUGGUCAGUCAGUGCUCAGAAACCCUUCUCACUGCCUCUCAAACACUCUCCUUAUCUUUGUCUUCUUCUGCUACUUGUUCUCAGUCCACGGGCCUCUAAGGGUUCAGUGUUUCCUCAGAAGCACUAAUGUCAGGCAUCAUUCAUCCAGACGGCAUUACUAUUUAUAAGGUUUGCUUAGACAGAGUGAGCCACUACCUAACAUCUAUUAAAUGUGUUUCUGUUUGUUGUGCAUUCCUUACGUUUGUCCUAACGUAGAAUUUAUUGCAUAUUCCCCAGCACAGCACCACCGGGAGUCAAAGUUCAAUCCCACUCCGACAUCUUUAAUAGUUCACACAGUGGAUAUUCCCCGACACCAGAUUCCGACCACAUCUGGAUUGAAAUGCUUCGGUGGUUCUGACAAAGAGUGAUUUUGUUUUCCAAAGGAUGUAGAUUUGUCAUAUUUCAACAAUAAUGUAACAGGGUUUGCCUUUGACUAUAUGGGGAAUUGUGGUGCUACAGCUCUAGAUGGUAAACGACAUGUACACAUCGCUCGCUGAGUAAUAAGUGUAAAAGACAUGACAGUGGUUGAGAGACGUGAAAGUCGCUCAUGACGAUAAUGCCCCUGCUCUCACGGUAAUUUGGCCCGAUAAAGUCUGGUUUGUUUGUUUUAAGAAUCCUUUAUUCUGAGUCUUUAUUGGCUUUAGAUUUCAUUCUAUAUGCAGGUUUUUUUUUUUACCUUUUUGAAGAGUAAUUCAUUGAAUAAUAAUUAUUCUUUAUUUGUUGUUUUAAAUACCAUAUAAAUUAAUAUAAUUGUUGUGUAAUCAUGCUAAUUUGUAUUGGUACCAAUGAAAAAUUUAAUAUUUGCAAGAAAUUGGGGGGGGGGAGGAGUUUCAGCCCUGUUGUUUUUGUUUGUUUUUAUUGUUUUGUUUUUUUUGCCUAGCUGUUAACGAUCUCCAUAAAUGCACCAGCCUCAUCGUAUUGUCUCAUAAAAUGUAUUCGAUUUACCCUCUAAUCCUUAAUGUUUAGGAUCAAGCGUGUUAACAAGUCGGCUUCUUGCUAAUAACAGAAUCAACCGUUUCAUUUCUGCUCUUCAAAGUAAAUGUCGACGCUCACAAUUUGAAUGUUAGGUGAUUAAAUUCAGCGCUAACACCGAGCCGUGUGCUUGAUGAUUCGUGAAGUGAUGUGAAAUAUGAGGCAAACGUCUUUGGUCCUCCUGGUUUUCCGUCAAACUUAUCGAUCACAGCUUUAAUCUUGAUAUUUUAGCGUUUUGUGUGUGAAGAUGUUGAACAGACAGCAAUAACAGUGCCUCAGUGCAUUGAUACACUCAUAAUGGCACAAAAUGAAAUAUGAGGACAGUGUGAAGGUAAAAAAACAAACUCAAACUUCAAAUUCUGAAUUCUGUUUUUGUGUCUGCUGCUGUUUGUCACUGGAGUGGAAGGACUGUCUGGUGGAUGAAAAUCUGAAUUUCAUUUUAUAUUCAAGUGUACUUAAAAAGGAGGAACACUCAAAAUGAAGAUCACAAAUCAUGAUGUUGCAAAUAUUUAUGUGUAUAUAUGAAAUAGUAAAGUAACUGUGAUAUUAACUGGUUUUGUUGAUAGAGAAUCUAAGGGCAGUGAUGCACUUUUAAUUUGUUUUCUUUUGUCAUUUUUAUUUACUCGGAUCCGGAUACAGUUUCUUUUUCUGAGCUUUGCAACACAUUACCACAAAUCAUCCUUUUCCACAUAGGAUAGCUUUAUAUAUUUAUAUUUUUAACUUUGGCUUUACUCAAAAUUGAAGUAGAUAUCCUGAUUCUACAUUAUGUCCCUUCAAUUAUAGAGAUUAUGGUUUCUUUUCAGUCUUCUUUUGAUACAAUAUAAUCUUAAUUUUUAACCAUUGGUCUUAAUUGUUUAGCCCUGUUAUCACAUUCUAUGUUUUAACUCUUAAGUUUCUACCUUUUUUUUUCAUUCUUGCUAUUGUUUCCAGUCAUUUUUUCCCGCACACAAAAGAGACUGAAGGUGUUAUUGCACUUUAGUACAGUACAGGAGCUACUUAAUAUGCCCCAAUUGAUUUAACUGAGAAACAGUCAGCUGUUGGUGUCCGCUAAUGAAGACUUUGUGAGUUUGUUUCAGAAACUUUUUCCUAAACCGUGUGCAGUAGUUCAAAACAUAUGUUCAUAAGUAAAAAAAUAUAUAUACAUAUGUAUUGAAAGGCAUUGAUUUCACCCUUUUUCUGUCCAUUAAUUGAGUUUUUAGCAGGAUUGUGUUAGAGGUUGACAAUAUUAAAGUCUGUUUGGAGAUGAAGUGCAAA